AUGCCUUCCGUCAUCAACGGCAACCUCUCCCGCCGCCCUUACACCGUCCUUGAAUCCGCAACCCGAGUAUCCCACAUCCUCCACCACCCCUCCCUCCUCACGCCGCGCGAGGUCGUGUUGGGAAUCUACCUCGUCUACAUAACCUACUGCACCGUCCUCACGCUCCGCAGCAUCGGUUACCUCGUCUUCGAGGCCGGCGGGCGGGACAUGUGGUGCCCGGAGGACCCGCCUGUGCCGGAGUGGUAUCCGCCCGGGUGGAAGGUGGAGCUGAGUCGGUGGGAUUGCUUCCGGAUGUUGAGGUGGAUGGUGCUGAGGAGGUUUGGGGCUUUGGGGUAUGAGGUUUUUGCGUGGGGUGUAAUGGGGGUGCUGGGUGCGGUUUUGGUAGAGGAGGGGGUUAGAUGGGUUAGAGGAUGA